UUCAUUUUCACCUCGCGACCUAUGAUGGCACGCGGGCAAACGCCCCCCACCACGAAGCCAAUGGGAGACCCCGAGGCGGCCACACCCCCUGGAUAUGCCCAUAGUCACGCCCACUACAACUAAACCACGCCUACUCGGUCGAGAUCACGCCGCCUGACCGCGGCCACCGACCACGAACAGACAGGCCACGCCCCCCAUAUCGGGCGACGCCACGCCCCCAUCCAGUAGGCCACGCCCCUGGCCUUCCCCCCCCUAAGGCGACUCGCGGUCCAGGCUGACAGCCCUGGAGAGACGGCGGCGUUGAGGACCUCCCGAGAAGACGUCGACACCGCCAGAGAUCACUCACGACAACUGCAGCGGCAGCGGCGGCGACGGCGAUGAUGAUGAUGGCGAACUGCUGCAGGACAUCAACGUGGCGGUGGUGCGCCGCUACCCUCCGGGCAGGGUCCGCUCCCGCGUGCCGCCUGCCCCUGGCUGGGAGCCGACGCGGCUACCGCUGCCAGCGGGGGGCCUACGGGCACCGGCCCCGUGCUGAGGGUGCCCAGCACGCUGGGGGCAUCGCGGAGGCUCAAGGCCCUACACUGGGCGCGGGGAUGCCGUGCCCGGACCAGGCGCUGGCGCGGCUGGUGAGCGCGUUCCGUGAGCACGGCCACCUCGCCGCUCGGCUGGACCCCCUGGCGGGGGGGGAGCACGGCCCCCCACUACGCGUGCCCCCACAACUCCUCGCCUCCGCCUACGGACUCCAGCCCGGGGUCUACCGCGUGGACGGCCUGCUGGCGAUGGACAAGGCAGAGGCCACGCUGGACGAGGUGCUGCGGUUCCUGCAGGACUCCUACUGCGGCGCCAUCGCUGUGGAGACGGCGCAACUGGCCUCGGCCGAGGAGCGGGAAUGGCUGGCGGAGCGCGUGGAGAGGCUCCGCGGAGAGACGUUCCCACCGGAGGAGCGGAGACUGCUCGCGACGCUGAUGCUCGAGUCACAGGCGUUCGAUAACUUCGUGGCCACGAAGUUCGCGACGGUGAAGCGCUACGGCGGAGAGGGAGCCGAGGCCAUGCUGCCGUUCUUCCACGAGACGUUCCGCCACGCGGCCCUCUCGGGCCUCUCCGACCUCGUGCUGGCCAUGCCGCACCGCGGCCGCCUCAACCUCCUCGCCGGCCUCCUGCAGCUACCGCCUGAGAUCAUGUUCCGCAAGAUGCGCGGCCUCAGCGAGUUCCCCGAGGGCACGCGCGGCGCCGUGGGGGACGUGCUGUCGCACCUGACGGCCACGCUCGACGUGGAGGCGGCGCCGGGCCGCUCGGUGCGCGUGGCGCUGCUGCCCAACCCCUCGCACCUGGAGGCGGUGAACCCCGUGGCCGUGGGGAAGGCCCGCGGGCGGCAGCGCACGCGCCGCGAGGGCCACUACUCCGGCGAGCCCGGGGCCCGUCCGGGCGACCGCGUGGCCUGCCUGCAGGUCCACGGCGACGCGGCGUUUGCGGGGCAGGGCAUCGUGGCCGAGACGUUCACGCUCGCCUACCUCCCCCACUACGACGUCGGUGGUAGCGUCCACCUCAUCGUGAACAACCAGCUGGGCUUCACCACUCCGUGCGAGUGGGGGAGGUCCUCGCUCUACAGCAGCGACAUGGGCAAGGUGGUGGGCUGCGCGGUGGUGCACGUGAACGGCGACGAGGUGGAGGAGGUGGUGCGCGCGGCGCGCCUCGCCAUGGACUACCGCCACCGCUUCCGGCGCGACGUCAUCGUCGACCUGCUGUGCUACCGCCAGUGGGGUCACAACGAGCUGGACGAUCCCACCGUCACCAACCCCGCCAUGUACGGCCUCAUCCGGUCUCGCAAGAGUGUCCCUGACAGCUACGCGGAGCGGCUGGUGAGCGAGGGCGUCCUCACGGAGGCCGACGUGGAGCUCGUCAAGAGCUCGCGUUUCGCCGAGCUGGCGCGCCGACUCGGGGUCGCCGCCCACUACUGGCCCGGCGACGGCGCCGGCGAGCCGCGGGGCCGCUGGGCCGGCCUGCGCCGUCCGGAGGCCCGCGUGAGCCGCUGGGACACGGGCGCGCCCGCCGAGCUGCUGCGCUUCGUCGGCGCCAAGUCGGUGGAGGUGGCGCCCGACGUGGCGAUGCACGGACACCUGUUCAAGACGCACGCGCAGGCUCGCCUGCUCAAGCUGCAGGAGGGAUCGAAGCUCGACUGGGCGACCGCUGAGGCCCUGGCGUUUGGCUCCCUGCUCACCCAGGGGUUCGACGUGCGGCUGAGCGGCCAGGACGUGGGACGGGGAACCUUCAGCCAGCGGCACGUCAUGAUUGUGUGCCAGAGCAGCAGCGAGGCCUACAUCCCGCUCAACCACAUGGUGCCCCAGCAGGAGGCCUUCCUGGAGGUGUGCAACAGCCCACUGUCGGAGGAGGCGGUGCUGGGCUUCGAGUACGGCGUGAGCAUCGAGAGCCCGCGGCUGCUGCCCGUGUGGGAGGCGCAGUUCGGAGACUUCUUCAACGGGGCCCAGAUCAUCAUCGACACCUUCAUCAUGUCUGGAGAGGCCAAGUGGCUGCUGCAGAGCGCCCUCGUCCUGCUGCUGCCCCACGGCUACGACGGCGCCGGCCCCGAGCACUCGUCCUGCCGCAUCGAGAGGUUUCUGCAGAUGUGUGACAGCAGCGAGGAGGGAGUGGACGGUGACAUGGUGAACGUGUCCGUGGUGAACCCCACCACCCCGGCGCAGUACUUCCACCUCCUGCGGCGACAGGUGCUGCGCGAUUUCCGCAAACCGCUCAUCGUCGCCUCGCCCAAGAUGCUGCUGCGCCACCCGGCGGCUGUGUCCAGCCUGAGUGAGAUGGGGCCCGGCACGUCCUUCGAGCCGGUGAUCGGGGAUCCGAGCGCGAACCCCAAAGAAGUGUCGCGGGUGGUGCUGUGCAGCGGGAAGCACUACUACGCCCUGCACAAGCAGCGGGAGGCGCUGGGCGCUGCCGGGCGCGGCACCGCCCUGCUGCGCCUUGAGGAGAUCUGCCCCUUCCCCACGCACGCCCUGCGCCAGCAGCUACAGCGCUUCCCCAACGCCACAGAGUUCGUGUGGGCCCAGGAGGAGCCGCAGAACAUGGGCUGCUGGACCUUCAUCGCGCCGCGUUUCCGCAAGCAGCUCGCUGUGGAGCUGAAGCUGGUGAGCCGCCCAGCCCUUCCGGCCCCCGCAGUGGGGAUUGGAACCAUGCACCAAGAACAGCACCAGCACGUCAUCACGGCUCCCUUCUCCUCCUCCUGAGGGCCCAGCUCUCACUCCCGCGGGGCUUGGUGGGAGAGGCUCCCGGCCGGCACGAGGCCCGACACGAGAGCCUCGGGCCACACGGCCUUCGUGGCCUCUCCUCACCUGUACUGGACGAUCGCCACCCUCGUCGUCAUCAUCAAUCAUCAUGAUGAUGAUUAUCCAUAAUUGUCACUCAUCAGUCGUCAUCCAUUAAUCAUUCCAUCACCAUCAUGAUCAUCCCAUCAAUGAAUUACCAUCAUCUUCAAUGAUCGUCGUUUAUCAUCAAAUAAUUAUAAUAAUGAUGAUUAUCCAUUAAUCAUGAUCAUUUAUCAUUAGUCAUCGUUCAUCAUCAUCAUCACUAUCCACCAAUCAUUCCAUAUUUAAUUCCAUCAGUCAUCACGUUAUAACCAUCCCAUCGAUCACCAAUAUACCAUCGUCUCCUAAACGUAUCGAUCAUCAUAAUCGAUCGCCAUUCUCUCUCCACAGUUGGAAAGCUGUGGUGUUGUGUCCGAGUCUCACCGGUCACCUCCUCCCGUGCCUUGCCCCCACGGCCCCCACGUGCCUGCGCCACGUGCCCCCCCCCCGCCCCCCCCCCCCCGCUGCUCACGGCGUGUGACGCGGGGUCCCCCUUCCCGAGGUGGUGUUUUUAGCCCCCUACAGAAUCGCCAUGCAAGAAGAACUCCUCCCCACCCUCCCUCGCCCUCCGGCUCACGAGUUGUCCACUUUGAUUUGUUCACGCGGAUGGGCGAGUGAACGUCGCUGUCGUCUCGGCUUCCUGCAGCACCCUCUGGCAAAGCCCCCCACUCCCCACCACCGACUCUCCCUUUCGGCUACCUGUACGGCACGGGACAUGGCGUUGGCGAGAGCGUGGCUUCUCGCUUCCUCUCGGCUGUGCAUGCGUGCGUCCGUCUGCCUCGCUGGGGUUCGGUAGCUCUUGGGUGGGUGCAGGGAGUCACCGGCCGGGGCCCAGAGUGGCAAGCGGCCAGCAACGGGGGGCAGCACUUUAAGCGUCGUUAACUUGAGGGAUCGAUAUUCACGGACGGAUCGAUGCGUUGCCAAUACCUUUACGAGACAGAGGUGCCUGCAGCCUUGAAGAUAAUUUAACUUUCAUAUAUAUGGCAAUAUAUUUAUAUUAAAUGGGAAUUAUACGUAUAUAUGAAUAGGUCAGGGGAUAAAGUACACUAAUUCUGGAUGUGUCCGACAAACAUCGUGUCCGUUUGGAGUGCACUCGAGGGAGGUGAAGUUGAUUUUGAGUCACCAGGUGAGCAAGGCAGGAGGCAGGGAGAAAGUCUCCUCUGCCAGAGAAGUCACCUGAGUCACCCCAGUGCACAAAAGAGAAAUGAAGGUACCGUGCAGCAGCCAAGAAAAUAGAAAUCUGCACAAAAACAAUCACGUAACGGGAGAAAUCGAAAAAAUACACGUGAAAGUUUUGCUGGCUGGCUGGCUAAAGGGAUGGAUGUGACUUGCGGGUUGCAAGUCAUAUCUGAAUUAUAUAUUUAGAAUACAUUACUUUAUCGAACGUGUAAAUGGGUUGUCACCUUGCAGGAAACUCAACACCCCAUCGCCAGCACCGCAGCGUGAAUGAGAAAGGCCCGUUCAGUCCGACACGUCCUGCGGUAUUUCACGAGCCCGUCCACCCUCGUCAAGAGGGGGGUGGAUGUUCUUGUGCUGCUUCAUUGCAGCUGAACUACCUCCCUGAGUGAACACAUUGUUUCGUGAUACUGCCUUCGGCAGUCGUGCACUACAUGAAGAAGGGCCGUUGCCCGAAACGUGGCAUAUAUAUUUUAUUUUCUUUUAAAUGCCGCAGAGUUAUUGACAAAUGUAUUGAGUUUUGUUAUUAUGAUAACAAUGACGAUUGUUACAAUACGAAUUGGUUGACAGGCCGUGCCCAUGUCAAAAACUCCACGACGUGACGAUUAUUACAGUGAUUUACCGCGCAUCGUUCAAGUGUACAAAAUGUAAAUCGGAAAUCGUUGGCACUCCCUGGCUGCCACGACUCGCCACGCAGCUCGCACCGCUGCCCAGACCUGUGGGGUGGUUUAAUUUUUUGGGAACGGCAGAAUACUGGCAAGGCCCGCUCACUUCCAGGUCUGGGCUGUUGCUGGACAUCAUCGCGUGCCGCACAGGGACAGCUGCCACCGGCGGGUCCCCCUACAGGCGAGACUGCAGCAGGGCAUCACAACGAUUUAAUUGAGAUAUAUUCUUGGUUCUUUCGGUAAAGUCACGUUGAAGGGAAAAAAUAAAAUAAAAUAUAUAUAAAUCAGGUGUGAUGAUGACUGCUUGUGUUGCAGU